AUGGCGCAUGUGCAACCUACAGAAUUCUGCAGUGACAAUGAGGACCUCUUUGGGGGGUAUGAUAGCAUUUUGGAGGACAGCUCUAUCUUGGCCAAGUUGGAAUCCCUGGAAAGACAACAGGACAAUGAGUGCUCAUCUGAAAGGAAACGAGAAGAUUGUGCUGUCUUCACUUCUCUAAGAACCACGGUAGUAAACCAAACGGACAAGGAUUUUGUCACAGAUUCAAUUUUAAAUGCUGUGGAAGAGAGACCUUUUGGAGAUUUACCAGCCUCGCAGAUGGAAUUUCAAGAAAUUCUCAAAAGCACUGAACGGCAAUUUGUAAAUCCAACCACUGACGCAACAUCUACUCCUCUUAAAGACUUCUCCAAAAAGACUGCAUGUACAAUCACUCAAGAUGAGGCUGUGCACGGACACAACAAACCAGCAAACAAACCAAACGUGAGGAACAGCAUGAGUGAGCGUCUGAAAAGGACUAUGCUCUCAAAUGCAGCAGCUCCUGUCAGUGUAUCACGCAGUGUGGGGCAGAAAGAGGCCGUCGUCUCUGAGGAGAUAAGUGUUGCUCUCCAAGCCAUGGAAACCGUAUCUUCCCAAACCACUGAUCUAGGACCUUUCUUUGGGCUUCCCUCUAAAGUCAAGGACCUUUUAAACAAACACAAAGGAAUCAAGAGUCUUUAUGAUUGGCAGGAGACGUGUCUAAAUCUGGAUUGUGUUCAGCAAAGGAGGAACCUGAUUUAUUCCUUGCCUACUAGUGGCGGGAAAACACUAGUUGCUGAGAUCUUGAUUCUCAAAGAACUUCUUUGUCGACGGAAAGAUUGUCUCUUUAUUUUGCCAUAUGUCUCACUGGUGCAGGAGAAGGUGCGUGGACUUGCCAGCUUUGGGCUAGAGUUAAACUUCAUGGUAGAGGAGUACGCUGGUAGCAAAGGAAGGUUCCCACCUGUGAAAAGAAGAACACACCAGUCUUUAUUCAUAGCCACCAUUGAAAAAGCUCACAGCCUGGUCAACUCUCUGAUAGAAACAAACAGGCUCGACAACCUUGGACUUGUGGUUGUCGAUGAGCUUCACAUGUUGGGCGAUGGGGCCAGAGGAGCAAUCAUUGAAAUGACUCUCGCCAAGCUCCUGUUCAUGAGUAAAACGACUCAUAUUAUUGGGAUGAGUGCCACUCUGGGAAACAUUAAAGAUGUCCAGACAUUUCUGAAUGCUGAAAAUUAUAGCAAUGACUUCAGGCCUGUUCAGCUCAAGGAGUAUGUCAAACUGAAGGACACGAUUUAUGAAGUGGAUCCAAAGGAGGAGGAUUGUUUCAAGCUUUCUCGUUCCCUUAAUUAUAAGUACUCCAGUGGCAUGCAGAAAAUGGACCCUGACCAUAUCAUCGCCUUGGUUACAGAGGUCAUUCCAACCCAUUCAUGCCUCGUCUUCUGUCCCACCAAAAAGAACUGUGAAAACGUAGCUUCAAUGAUCUGCAAAUAUCUAAAGGAGAAUUUUCUACGACAGCGAGAGGCAGAGAAGGCCACACUACUCCGAGAGCUGCGAGAUAGUGGGAGUGGAAACAUGUGUCCUGUACUUAAAAGGAUCGUUCCUUUUGGCAUCGCCUAUCACCACAGCGGCCUCACAACGGAAGAACGGAAACUGGUGGAGGAGGCGUACUCGACCGGGGUCCUCUGCCUCCUGACCUGCACCUCCACACUGGCAGCGGGCGUCAACCUUCCAGCUCGCCGAGUUAUUCUGCGCUCACCGUUUGUCGCCACCCAGUUUCUAAAGAGAAGCCAGUACAAACAGAUGGUGGGUCGAGCCGGGCGAGCGGGGAUCGACACAGCGGGAGAGAGCAUCCUUAUUCUGCAGGAGAAGGACAAGAACAUGGCCAAGUCGCUCGUUUGUGCCCCAGUCGAGAACUGUUACAGCAAUCUGAUGUACGAGGAGGGAAAGGGAAUUCUUAGCCUCGUCCUGUCGCUCAUUGGAUUAAACAUCACCACGUCCUUGGAGCAGCUGAAGGACUUUCUGUCAGGCACACUCCUUUCUGUUCAAGAGACACAGCUGUGCGUAAAGAAAUCCCUCUGGGACUCGGCCCUGGAGUGUGUUGAAGUAUUGAAAGAGAAAGGGCUCAUUACCGUCGAUGGUGACGCUCAGGACCUAGCGCUGACAGUCACUCGCCUCGGAAAAGCCACUUACAAAGGCUCAGUGGAUGUGAGCCACAGUGGAACGCUGUACAGUGACCUGUCUAAAGGCCUGGAGGGUCUGCUGCUCAACAGUUACCUCCACCUGGUGUAUUUGGUCACGCCGUAUGAGCUGAUCUCCCAGUGUAAACCUGAGUGGAUGGUUUACCUCAGACAGUUUACCUUGUUAUCUGCAUCAGAGCAGAAGAUGUCUGCAGCUGUUGGAGUCCCAGAGAGUUUUGUUGUGAGAAAAGCUGCGGGACAAACGGUCAAAAAGAAUACUGAAAUGCUGGUGGUUAUUCGCAUGUACCUCGCUAUGAUGCUUUUCUCAUUACUCAAAGAAACAAACUUGUGGAGCGUUGCCGAGAAGUUUCAAAUAAGUCGAGGUUUUAUCCAAACUCUGUUGAGUUCAGCUUCUGCGUUUUGCUCCUGUGUUUUGCAUUUUACUGAGGAACUGGAGGAGUUUUGGCCUUAUAAAGCUCUAUUGUCAGAGCUGACACGUCGACUGACCUACUGUGUCCGAGCUGAGCUCAUCCCUCUGAUGGAGGUGGCUGGUGUCAUGGAGUCCAGAGCAAAGCAGCUGUAUAAUGCUGGCUAUAAGACCCUGAAUCACCUUGCCAACGCAGACCCCAAGGUUUUGUCAAAGUCUAUUGAGAACCUUUAUAAGAGACAGGCCGAUCAGAUGGUGGCCUCUGCCAAAAUGCUUCUUAAUGAAAAAGCAGCAGCACUUCAGGAAGAAGUAGACGACUUGCUCAUGCUGCCCAUAGACUUGCCUUUCCAAACCUCAACAUAG